CUUUUGAGACCACCAUGCUUUUUCUACCAUCUUUAAGCCAGCCAAAACUAGCUUUUUAAGGGUUAUAUGCUAUGCUGCUAUCUCAUCUCCAAAAACUAGUCAAACUCAAAAACAACUUGCAAACCUACUCUCUGCUUUUCUCUGCAUUAAUUUGCAUUCACAAAACAACUAAACAAGCUUAGCCGAAUUAGAAGAAAUGGGCUUCUUUGAUCAUAUGUUGGACUGUUGUGACGCUUCUAUCCCCAAGCAUAAGAAACGUAAGCCAAUGCAGACUGUUGAGAUUAAGGUGAAAAUGGACUGUGAUGGUUGUGAAAGAAGAGUUAGGAACUCUGUCAUCCAUAUCAAAGGAGUGAAAUCCGUGGACGUGAAUCGUAAGCUGAGUAAAGUAACGGUGACCGGAAACAUAGAGCCAAAUAGAGUGUUAAACAGAGUGAAGAGCACAGGGAAGAGAGCAGAGUUUUGGCCAUAUGUUCCAUUCAAUGUGGUGUCUUACCCUUAUGUUGCUCAAGCCUACGACAAGAAAGCACCUUCUGGCUAUGUCAAGAAUGCACCUCAAGCUUAUGCUGGUCCCACUGAUGGACCUCACGAAAAAUACACUCAAAUAUUUAGUGACGAUAACCCUAAUGCUUCUUGUUCUAUCAUGUAAUCAAUCGCCCAUUGUAUUGGGGUUAUUAUUAAUUUAUCACUUAGAUUUUUGACACUAUAUAUAUGAGGACCGAUCAUUUAAUAAAUAAUGUUUCUCACACAUUUUGCACAA